AUGCAUUCCGAUGCUGCGUGGUUCCGCGGCCCUGGAUUCCUCUACCAGCCGGAGGAUUGUUGGCCGAAGCAGGACAGCAUCGCACCAAACGUUGCCGAGGAGGUUCGAGCGUGUGUCCAGUUCCACGAUAUCGCCAUCACCAUGUCGAUAGUAGAUCUGCAACGAUUUUCUAAGUGGAGGGUAUUAGUGCGGACGGUGGCAUGCGUCUAUCGGUUCGCGUCGAACUGUCGAAGGAAAAAAGAUGGAUUCAAGAUCGAAGCAGUUCCAACUACAGAAGCGGUGAAGAAGGCGGUUAUAAAAACUGUACGAUCGACGACGGUACCGUUGAAACGUGAAGAGUACCAGAAGGCGGAGGCGUACCUCUGGCGGUCAGCCCAGGCCGAUUGUUUUGGCGACGAAAUCAGGACGAUCAAAAAGAACCGGCAGCUACCGUUACAGCAGCAGCAGCAAUUAGAGAAGAGUAGCAGUUUGCACAACCUGAGUCCGUUCCUAGACACUGAGGACGUACUGCGAAUGGAAGGUAGAGCAGCGCAAGGUUCGUCGCUGCCGUUCGAGCUUCGAUUCCCAAUAAUUCUACCGAAACAGCAUCUGGUGACUGACAAGCUGCUAGAAUACUACCAUCACCGAGUAGCACAUGGAAACGUGGAGUCUGCCGUCAACGAAAUCCGGCAAAGAUUCAGCAUUCAGAACCUGCGAGCAGAGUUGAAGCGGAUCGGGAAGUCUUGCAUGUGGUGCAAGGUGAAGAAAUGCCGAGCGAGGACACCGAGAAUGGCUCCAUUGCCGGAGUCGCGCGUCACGCCGGGACUACCACCGUUCAGCCACACCGGCGUGGACUUCUGCGGCCCAGUCACAGUUACAGUCGGUCGAAGAUCGGAGAAGCGGUACAUCUGUUUGUUUACCUGCAUGACUACGAGAGCUGUCCACCUUGAAGUCGCUCACAGCCUGACGACUCAAGCGUGCUUGAUGGCCAUUCGAAGCAAGGCGAUUGUGAAGCAAAUCGGAGAAGAAUGUGAGGACGAAUUCACGGAUUCCAGAACCUGCUGGAACUUCAACCCGCCCAGCGCACCUCACAUGGGUGGUGUCUGGGAGCGAUUGGUCCGCUCCCUGAAGGCAGCAUUAACCGUGCUAAACGACGGGAGAACAAUAACCGACGAAGUGUUGCUGACGACGAUUGCAGAGGCUGAAGACCUAAUCAAUUCCCGGCCGUUGACAUACGUCGGCCUGGAACCGGGAACAGAAGAAGCGUUGACGCCAAAUCAUUUUGUUCGUGGCGUCGGAACGAUCGGGGAGGAACAUCCUGUUCCACCUACGAGCGAAGCCGAAGCGCUUCGAGGCCGAUACAAGCGGUCACAGCGUUUGGCGGACAAACUAUGGGCUCGGUGGGUGUCCGAGUAUUUGCCGUCGAUAAAUCAUCGGGCUAAGUGGCAUACUGACGUGCCACCAAUAGCAAGCGGUGAUCUGGUGUACAUCGCGGACGACGCAGUGCGGAAGAGCUGGAUCCGCGGCAUCGUGCUAGAUGUCUACCCGGGGGCGGACGGCCGAAUUCGACAAGCGAUGGUGCAGACGGUUAAGGGUAAGUUUAGGAGGCCGGUGACGAAGCUAGCGGUGCUGGAGGUCCAGGAUGGUAACUCCGGCGUUGCAGAGGCCCCACCAGAGAUACGGGGAGGGGGUAUGUUGGCACCGCUACCACCCGGCAUCGAGAAACCCUGA